CUCUCUCCUCUAUCUAUCUGUCUAUCAAUCCAUCUCCUUCUCUCUCUCUCUCUCUCUUAUUUUUGAAAUACAAUGGGUCCUUGUACUGUACCGCCUUUCCAUUUCCAUUUCCAUGAAACAUUCUUUAUAAAUAUCUCGUUAGAUACGCGAGAUGGCUUGAAGUUUUUGUGAUUUUGUUUGUAUGGAUCGUCGCUUUGUGUCGCGAUCCUUUUAGAUCUGCCUCCGGAUUUGGCAGAUCUUCAGAGACCCUCGUGGAUCUGCAUGUGGGUUUCCGGAGGAAAUGCGAAGAACCUUUGAAAAUUUUCGCAGUCCAUGCAAUUCCGUGUUUCGAUCUGAUAAAGACCCCUAAUUUUUUUAUUUCCGAGUGUAUCGAAUAUCUGUGUUUUUUCUUCGAAUCCGUCGUUUUUCCCCGCACCUGGAUCUGGGAAAUGGAAGGGUUUUGCUUAAUCGGUGAUAGAUCUCGAGUAUUUCACCGGAAAAUCGACGAGCCCGAGUUGGCGAAUCAGAUUUUCUCGGCACCCAAACAGAGAUUUAGAAUCCCUGGGUUGGAUUUCGAUUCGAUCGAUGUCUAGGUUUUGUUGCUACUGGUUGAAUCCCGCCUUGUGCGGCCAUGGAUCUGUUCGAUUGUUCUUUCCUUCUCAUGGAUGAUGAUGGGUUUCGCAACUGGGGCUACUACGAACCUGCGAAUUUCAAAGGCGAUCUCGGCCUGCAGCUUAUGUCGAGCAUUGAACGGAACACCAAGCCGUUCUUGCCGGGUCGCGACCCGAACGUAAUGGUCGGACCAAACGGCUCGUAUCACCCACGAGAUUGCCCUGUGCCCGAAUCUCCGAUCCCCAUGAACUAUGGCUGGAUCAAUCAGCAGAAGGAUUAUUUUUUCAAUAUGUUGCCUGUUAACCCGCCCAAUUACAGCAAUGUCCUUCCGGAAACUUCUGGAGCUCCGUCAAUGCAGAUUCUCCGCCCGGCCGUGAGCUCGUCCCGAGUCGAGGCAAGCCCAGUUCCCGGAGAAGAGGAAGUCCCUCAGAACAAGAAGCGAAAACCGGGAGGGGCUUCGAAAGGCGGAUCCAAGCCAAAGAAACCUCGGAAACCGAAGAAUGACAACGGAAACGAGCAUAACGGGAACGUUCAACGGGUGAAACCGGCUAAGAAGAGCAUGGAUGUGGUCAUCAAUGGCGUGAGCAUGGACAUCUCCGGUCUAUCUGUCCCUGUCUGUACAUGUACUGGAACUCCUCAGCAGUGUUACAGAUGGGGAUGUGGCGGAUGGCAAUCUGCUUGUUGCACUACAAAUAUAUCGAUGUAUCCUCUCCCGAUGAGCACGAAGAGGCGAGGGGCGAGGAUUUCGGGUCGGAAGAUGAGCCAAGGAGCUUUUAAGAAAGUUCUUGAGAAACUUGCAGCUGAAGGUUACAACUUUGCUAACCCUAUUGACCUGAAGAGCCAUUGGGCUCGUCAUGGUACCAACAAGUUCGUCACCAUCAGAUAAUCCUCUGUUUUUUUUUUUGUGUGCGUGUGCCCGCUCUCUCAUGGAUCAAGUAUGUAUGUGUGUGUGUGUGUGUGUGUAUAUAUACAUACAUACAUACAUCUGUGGCAUACAUUUCCUCUGCAACUGUGGGAUAAAAUCGUUUCAGGUAACUUCUUGGCCUUUGGGUUUUCGUCAAAGCUCUCGUUUUACGGUCUUUUUUUUUAAAAAAAAAAUUCAUGUCUGUUUCUGUUGUUUGUUCUGUGUUUGAGAGGACGACAGAGGAGAAUCUGCAGGGUUUUUUUUUAUAUAUUUUAUUUUAUUUUUCCUUGGGGCUUCCGAUUUGAUUUUGUUGGUAGAUCGAAAUGUUAGUCGAUUUAGUUCGUCCUCUGUUCCUUGUUCUUUUCCCAAUCUUAGAAAGUGCGCUGACUUGUAACAGAUGUUCUUUGUUUAUUGAAUGUUUGUAUUGAAAAUAUAUUCUACCUCUUGGUU